CAGAGAGGUGAGAAAGAGCUAAAGAGAGAGAGAGAGGGGGGCGAGAGGAGAUAAGCAGAUAGACACAUAAGGAAGGUGAGAGAAAGAGAUGGAGUGGUUGAGUAUGUGAAGUGAAGCAGUAUGGUAAAAAGGAAGGACAGCUGGAAGUAGAAGCAGCAGAGAAUGUUAGCUUGUUUAUUUGAACAACAGCCAUCCUCUGUCACGUUCAUCAAUUCUUCUCUGCUACCUACAUGUUUUCUCUUUGUGCAUACACGCACACAGCAUGUCCUCAUGUAGGUAUGCUUCCUGUCUAUCCGCCGUCUCUCUCUGACAACACUGACCUUGUGUAUUUAUCCUGGUUGAUUUUUGUCUGUCCACACAAGACGAAAAGCCAAAUAUGUGCGCUGCUUUAGUGGACAGACAUUUCCAUCACGAUGACAGAUCUGCCAGUCGGAUGGGAAUUGACAUUUGUAGUAACAAACGAGACACGGUUAGCCACCGGAGCGGGUCCUUGCAAAUUGAUCCGUGUUUUCGUUGUCUUAAACGGGUGUAUCCGUUGGAGAGAAUCGACGUUGGUGUUCUCUUCCAUCGGGGUUGCUUCCGUUGUCGUGUCUGCAACCUACAGCUAACGUUGAGGACCUACCAUUGGGACCAAUACAAUGAACCGGAUAUAUACUGUGUUAGCCACGUGCCAAAGCUUGUCGGAACCAUUGACAGCGAAUCAAUGGGGAUUAAAAGUGCCGUGAAUGCCCCUCGUGGUAAAAACAACAUCAACGAACAGAUACGAGGUAGCAUCUACAACCCUGGCUGGGAAUAUGAUGCCAACGCCCUGGAGUUUUGUCAUCACCGGGACCUCAAUGUACAAUCUAGACCCUUUGCAACAUACAAGGACUUUGAAAGAUCUGGUGUUUUCGCAGCCCAAAAUGACCUGGAACAGAUUCAGAAGGUGGAGGAAGACCUUCUCUACAGCACUUUCAGGCGCAACCGAGAGAAGAAAAUCAAGAAACUGGAAGCAGAUUUACAGCAGGAGAAGGAGAAAUCGGUGAUGGAAUUGGUGAACGGAUUCGAGAGAAUCGUCUCGCAGAAUUCGUCACAAAGCAGGCUAGAGGAGGAGACGAAGAAACUCGAAGAGGAAUAUAGCAUGAAAAAACAAUCAAUGAUGAAAGACUUGUUAGAAACGAUGACGAGUGAGGAAAGAGCUCAGGUGGCACAACUUAUUGAUAAACACAGUCAACAAAUGUUGGCGUUAAUCACAGAGAAACUGUCUUUGAAACAGGAUAAAAAGUCAGAUUCCGGGGAAGGAAGUGAGGAAGAAGGAGUUGAUUUGACCCGGCCGCCUAGUCCCAGACCUCCUGAAUUUCGGAAGUCACAUCUCUACGACAGUCCUAAAGUAUUUGAACAGAUAGACAAUCAUGUAUAUGCUGUGGCACAAAAAGAACAUUCAACAUUCACAGAACUGGUUCGAGACCUCACCAGAAACUGUCACAAUGAACUGGAAAAGACGCGGGCACUAUAUCGGUGGGUGACAUGGAAGGAUUUAAACAAGCUACAGAUUGAUGAAUCUGUGAAUCCCGAUUCUCCAUAUGGUCUCCUGCGUGGUAUUAAAUUAGGGACUGAAACGUACCAUGAUUUAUUCAAGCGGUUAGGCAGUUAUGCAGGAAUGUUCUGUGAAAUAAUUCAAGGUUAUUCAAAAGGUGCCGGUUACAAACCAGGAAUGAAAGUUGAAGACAGCCGGUUUCGAAACUCUUGGACUUCAAUCAACAUCGAAGGGUCGUGGCAAUUUCUUAAUUGCAACUGGGGAGCCAGGCAUGUAAGAGCCCAUCAGAACUCAUCAGAGAAUUUGGACCAGUGGGAACUGUCUGAAUUUAACUACACGUGUGAUGAGUUUUAUUUUAUCACCGAACCUGAGGACCAUAUAUACCAGCACUUCCCAGACGACAGCCGGUGGCAGCUACUUGAAUCACCGAUCUCCAUGGCAGAGUUUUUGAAGCUUCCUCUUGUCAAAUCAACAUUCUUCAACUAUGGGUUGCGAUUUGCUAACCAUUAUGAUAGUAUAAUAAUUACAAACCAUGGUGUGGCCAUCAUUGAAUUAAAGAUGCCUGUACUUUUGGGUUUUGGAUACACCCUGGUACCUAAGAGUAAAAAUGGUGACAAUGCUCCUGUGGAAGGCAGAACUAUGCUAAGAAUUAUUGGUCGCAAGGCUAUAUUUACCGUUGCACCUCCAAAACCGGGCAAAUUCUAUUUCACGAUAUUUGCUAAAGAACGAUGGGACUCUGAUUCAUUGCAGAGUGCGUGUUCUUUUCUGGUAAAAUGUCCUGAAAAAGAAAAAGUCCAGCGGCACAGCUUUCCCCUUGUCCCCUUUUUUGGUCCCACUCCAAGUUUAAGCGACUUUGGUUUGUUGCCUAUCAGUCAUAUUGAUCCUUUUAUUGUGUAUGAAGGAGAGGACCUUCACUUUCGUUUUGAAAUCAAUAGUUUUGCAAAAAUCUCACAUUCACUGCAAUUUCAGGGGUCGACAGAGGCAACAAAUAUUGAAGACUUUAAUCGAUUUGCCUUUGUUCGGUUCCGGGAUGAGACAACGAUAUCAUACCAAAUCAGAUGUCCUGUCCGAGGAUUUUAUGUUUUCUCAUUGUUCGGCUGUGACCGGGAUGUAUCCGGUGAAGAAACCUAUGACUGUAUAUUCAGGUAUCUUAUCAACUGCAAAUUCAUGUCAAAGGACCGGCGACCAUUGCCUCGAGCAUGUCACCGCUGGUUCAACUGUACGUUGCUUGAUCCACAAGUAGGAGACAUCAACCCGGAUAAACGGAUAACGUUCCGGGUGUGUGUUCCAGCAGCUGUAGACAUUGCAAUGCUCAUUGAUGACACAUGGUUCCACUUUCGGGAAUCGUCACCCGGCAUAUGGGAAGGGACGGUGGUCGCUGGUCGAAGAGCUUGUGGAGCUAAAAUAUAUGCCAAAUUAAACAGAGACAAAUCACGGUUCUCACCGCUUCUCGAAUUUAGAGUGAAAUAACACAAGGUAGAAAUUACAAACUUUCACUCACAUUGUACAAAGGUUGUAUUUAUUGAAAAACAUCACAUCAUUUCUGUUAGUAUUCUUGGCUCCAAAAGUGACAGCCACUGAUAAACAUCAAAUCUCAUCAUCAACAACAACAACAAAAAGAUUAUGUUUUAUUAAUCCAAAUUCAAAAACGGAGAUUGAUAUAAUUAUAAAUAACAUUAUUCAUGCCUAAAUUAAAACUGUUUUCUCAUAUUUUAUUUUUCAUUUCUUCAAGUAUUCAUGUGACAAAAUUAACAAAACAAAAAACAACAAAAAACAAAAAACAA